AUGAGGACCCUUCUGAUCCCCUUGGUUCUGGUCUUCGAGGUGCAUCUCUACUUUAUAGAGAGCCAAGCUCGGCACCAGCAGGACUCGAGGACCAAUAACUUGCCGACCUCGAUCGAGGCCGAGGAGGACGAGGAGGUCCCUAAUGGAGCCGUGGAGGAGGUCCUGGCCCAGAAAGGACGAAAUGCCAUGCUGCCUUGCAAGCCCGACAACCUCAAUGCCGGAAUCGUGACGUGGGUGAAGCGCCGAGGUAGGCAGCUCCUGACUGUCGGGACCGACACCCACUCCGUUAACAAGCGGUUCAGGAUAGAACCGUCCACCUCGAACUGGGCUCUCGUGAUUCUAGGAGUUAAGCAGGAGGACGCCGGCCUCUACGAGUGCCAGGUGGCCACUCAUCCCGUGCAGCAGAUCUUCGUGCGGCUGCGAGUGAUAAAGGCGUAUUCGCUUAUCCCAGGCGCCCCGGACCUGCACGUGAAGCAGGGGUCCAGCCUAAGGCUGGAGUGUCACCUGAUGUCGGCAACCGAGUCCCCGAUUUACGUCUUCUGGUAUCACGAGGAGCGCAUGAUAAACUACGAGGAGCCGGGGGUCAAGGUGGAGUUGACGACGAACGGGUCGAUCCUGAUCGUCGAGAACACGAAGCCCAACCACGAGGGGAAGUACACCUGCAACCCCGACAACGCCACCCCUGCUUCGAUCAUGGUGCACGUGAUCGAAGAGGAGGAGAAGCCGGCGGCCAUGCACGGCGGGGACAGGCGGAACUUGAGUCCCGCAAUUUUGGCGAGUAACUUUCUCGUCUCCUUCCUGGCCGCCGUCAGCUGGAGGAUACCGAGUUUUACGAGUCUCUACCCGACGUGA